AUGGAAUCGGAGAAGCGGCAGUGCCACCUGCGCUGCGCGGAUCGGCUGCAGGCGAUGUGCUUCAAAAACGGAGGGAUCUACAUCAAGCUAGGGCAGCACAUUGCUCAGUUGGACUACAUCGUGCCGGAGGAGUAUGUGAUUGUAAUGAAGGAGUCUAUGCUCAACACGUGCCCUGUCACCCCUUACGAGGACGUUCGGCUCGUCAUCCAAUCAGAGCUCGGAAAGCCACCAGAGGAGAUCUUCUCCUCAUUCGACCCCACGCCUGUGGCGAGCGCCUCGUUGGCCCAGGUGCAUCGAGGCACACUCAAGACAGGGGAAGACGUGGCAGUGAAGGUGCAGCACGCACAUUUGCUUGACACAGCAGCAGCAGACAUGGUAUCAGUGCGCCUUGUCAUCUCCGCACUCUACUGGUUCUUCCCGAGCCUAGACUACAGGUGGCUGAUCACAGAGGUGGAAGAGAGCUUACCCAAGGAGCUAAAUUUCACCCUCGAAGCAUCCAACGGUCGUCAUUGCAUGGCCAACUUUCGAUCCUCACCGUCCAAGCUCCUGAGGGAGUCUGUGGCGGUGCCGAGAAGCUUCCCAGAAUUUACCGGGCAGCGAGUGCUGACGAUGGAGUGGAUGGAAGGCGUGCCUCUGACUGACGUGGCAAGGCUCAAGGACAUGGGGAUCAACCCUGCUGACGUGGCAAAACUGAUCAGCACUGCGUUUGCGGAGAUGAUAUUCCGCCACGGCUUUGUGCACUGCGACCCCCAUGCAGCAAACGUGUUGGUGCGGCCGAAGCAAGGAGGGCGGCGAAUGCCUGGCGGCCAGUUAAACCAGAAGUCGUACUGCUGGAUCACGGGCUAUGCCGCCAGCUGCCCGACUCCUUCUGCCUCUAUCACGCUAUAUCACGCUAUAUGUCCCACUGCAUCGUUCCCACUCCCGCCAAGCUAUGUGGAGCCAGAGGUGGUACUGCUGGAUCACGGGCUAUGCCGCCAGCUGCCCGACUCCCUCUGCCUCAACUACGCACUCCUCUGGAAGGCCCUUGUGCUGGCCAAUCCGAGAGGCAACAUGCAGUACAGCAUUGCGCUGGGAACGGGGUUGAGACAUGUGUUAAAAACCUUGCUGCCGCUACCCUCUCCUCCCUCUCUUUGUCACUCCCUUACCUCUCCUCUCUCCUCUCACUCCGUUCCCUCUCUCCAGGCUACGUGGAACCAGAAAUCGUGUUACUCGAUCACGGGAUGUACCGGCAACUCCCUGACUCCCUCCGCCUCAACUACGCUGUAUGUCCGUUCUGCAUCGUUCCCACUCUCUCCAGGCUAUGUGGAGCCAGAAGUGGUGUUACUAGAUCAUGGGCUGUACCGGCAACUCCCUGACUCCCUCCGCCUCAACUACGCGCACCUCUGGAAGGCUCUUGUUCUGGCAGAUGCUAGAGGCAUCAUGCAGUACAGCAUUGCGCUGGGCGCCGGGGCGGACCUGUACGCCAUCUUUGCUGCGACGCUCACUCUGCGAUCGUGGGAGAACAUCGUCGAGGCGUCGUCGGACCAUCUGUUUAUCCCUGACACGGCGGAAGAAAAGAAGCACCUGCAGGUGAGGGAGGGGUGGGGGGUAGGAGGCGUAGGGUUGGUUAGGUUACUGAUGAUGGGCAGUGGCUCGCAGGGCUUCAUGCAGUAUAGCAUUGCGCUGGGGGCCGGGGCGGACCUGUACGCGAUCUUUGCUGCGACACUCACGCUGCGAUUGUGGGAGAACAUCGUUGAGGCGUCUUCCGAUCACCUGUUUAUUCGGGACACGGCUGAGGAGAAGCAGCACCUGCAGGUGAGGGGUUAA